CUAAAAAGCGAAGACGUGGAGCUCCGAUAUUCGGUCAAAAGAAGAGAACUGUGAAGCGUGCAAGUGGUAGCGGUUGGCAGGACAUGAUUGAGAUCCUUGUGUUUGUCAUUGUUUACAUCGCGGGAACGUCUGUGCCGUCAUUUAUUAAAACAGUUUAGUCCCGCCAGGCACGUACGGUUUAAAACGUUUUAGUUUACCUGUAUUACUGUAUUAGAGAAAAACGUUGUAAUCCACGAAACCAUGAUAACUUUUGCGCGUCAUUAUUUGACAAUGAAAAUUCUGUGUGAUAUUAUUGAAAAAUUGUAAUAAAUAACAGAAGCACGGGAUUUUGCGUCCGCAAUGGAAUGCAAAAUGUUACGCCAGCAAGUAUUCCCGCUUACCCGCUAGUAUGUUGCUGCCCUAGGUUCCAUACUCUCAUUUUAUGGUAGAUUAGAACGAGACCGAUGUUUACUUGUGCAGUGUAACACCAUAGAACUGUAACAAGUCAAGGGACAAAUAUAUUGUUUUAGGCAUUUUGUGCAUCAAUAAUGUUUCAGUUUGUUUGCAAUAGAAUAAAGACUAUGUUGCUGAUGUUUCUCGGCAUUGUCAAGCGUGCUUUGUGCUGCCUCCGUCGACGACGACGGCUUUCUGGUGACCCCGUACCACUGACUGCAGUCGGUGUUGUUCCUAACACCAAUACAGUUGAAAAUGACGUUCAAGAGUUCCAGAACUGGAAUUCCUGGCCUGAUGGCCCAGAUUCUGUAGUUGCAGAAAAAGCACAAACAAAUCCUAUUCAGCAGAAAAUUGAAAUGUACCGCCAGAAAGUAAAACAAACUGAAAACUUGGAGCCUGAGGAAGAACCAGACUUCUUUCAGGACAUGACGCCUAGAAUAACAAAACAGCCAAAAAUUGUACUUAAAACAGAAACGGAAUCAAGGUGGAAUGAUGGUGUUUCACCCCGCUUGACAUUGGAUGCUGAUUCAAUUGGAUUUCCUACAGCAGAGCUAGAGACAUGGGAAGAAGGCUCUGGUUGGGAGGAUCAGAGUAAAGGUGGAUGGGACACAGCUGAUGCACUUCGUGAAAAAAGACGCCAAGAGCGCCAGCAGCGUGCUUUGGAAUUACAACAGAAAAAGCAACAGCAGCAACGGGUUACCGGCCUUGGUCUGCGCAUUGCUAGCUGACAGUAUUGGUACUCGCAUAAAUAUAUUUGGCAUUUGGGCAUGUCAAUUUUUCUUCAGAUCAUGCCAAGCAAAUUCCAUUUCUGCUAUUUCUCUGGGACUGCAAAGAACAGCUCACUUGCAGCUUUAUUUCUUUGAUUCUGCUUUGACAAUCAUGGAAAAUAUCAUUCCAUUCACAAGUGCAGUAUUGUUGAUUUAUGGAAGGUCUGAAUUACAAACAUGAUUUGUAUUUGUAAUGUAAGGGGUGUGAAUGUGCAUAGAUGUGUAUAUACAUGUGGGUGAUUGUGCAUUCAUGAGCAUGUGUGCACGCACAGUUAACUGCAUAAUGACUGUCUCAAAAAGAAUGUAAAAUAAUAUGGCACUGGUCACAUUCUUGUUUGAUUGUAAGUAAGGUUGUUAGAUUAUUGUGUGCUGUUUUAAAAAUAUUAUUUGUGGUUUAUUGUUAAAAGGGGCAAUAUCUUGUCAAGUUUCUUGGUCUCUGUUCACAUAAUUUUUAUUUACAAUGUAGAAGCAUUUUACUGCUAAAAAUGUGAUAUCUCCUGCAUUUUCAUGUGUAACAGCUGUUUUGUAAGAGGUUGUUGAUAGGUACUGAUCUUUGAUUAAAGUUACAAUUUGUUAAUAAUGAUCUGUCAUGAAGAAAAUCCCUAUGCCUUUCAGAGAGCAUUGGAAACAGUUACAGUUAAUAAGACAACAUACUUUAUUUGAGCUUAUUUUAAAGCCGUAAAGUUAUUUUUUUGAUGAUGAAGUAACAACAUUUGAAGUACUGGAUGGCAUUAGUUUUAUUCUUCAGUAGCUACAAUUAAAAAAUGAAGGGAAGAGAGAAAUUGAAGCAGUUGACAAAAGGUACAGAAAUAAAUCUUAAUAAAUAUUAACAAACCCACAAUAGGAGUGAAAUACAUCAUUUCACGUGACUUGGAGGGUAUGAGAGUCUAGAAAGUAAAUAAUGUGCUGUAGUUUAGAAGACCUUCACUUGAUUAGUGAGCUACUAUGAUAAACAUAAAUUAAUUGUGUCUGCAAAAAACAUUUGGUCAGAAGACAGAGGUGUAAAGAAAAUGCAUAUAUGUAAAUAAAUAUUUAGCAUGUAACUUUA